AUUACCACUUCCUUAAUUUAAUUCUUUUUUCCAGUUCCCGAUUUCAGAUUAAUCGGAAUGAUUCACAACCGUCGAUCUGAUCAACGCGAUUUUAAAAUGAGAGAUCGAAACCGCCAUUAAACGAGCUCCGAUGUUUCCCCUUGCGACUUUGAAUUUCUAUAAACUCAUUCACUCUCUGAUGUCAACUAAUCAACCACUACCAGAAACGCCCUUGCUCGAUCCAAAUCACGAUCAAGAAGAGCAACAACAACAACAGCCUCUCUCCGGAGUCGACGACGAAGACCUCGGUCAAACCCUCCAAUACCUCGAGACCUUUCUAACGCUCCUCGGGUUUAACCAAACCUCGACAAGAAGCCUUGUCUUGUCUUGGAUCGUGUUCUUGACGGUGGGUUUGGUGAUUCCGGUGACAGUGUUGGAGCUAGGGCAUUGUAAAGACUGUGAGAGGUAUCAGUACAAGAGCUUCGAGCUCAACAUCGUCGUCUCGCAGGCGUGUUUGGCUGGUGUCUCUCUGCUUUGCGUUUCUCAUAACUUGAGAAAACAUGGGAUUCGGAAGUUUUUGUUUGUUGAUCAGCUUAGUGGUCGCAUGGGACGUCUCAAGGCUCAGUAUAUUCAGCAAAUCUCGAACUCUGUGAAACUGCUUGCACUUUGGUCACUCCCCUGUUUUGGAUUAAAAGCUGUUCGUGAGAUUAUUCGGAUGUUAUAUGUGCCUCAUGACCAGCCAUGGCUCUCUGUUUUUAUCCUCUUGUCUAUGAUCUUGUCAUGGACUUACUUAAGCACUAUCUUUCUAGCUGCAAGUGCCAUGUUUCAUCUGGUCUGUAACUUGCAAGUUAUUCACUUUGAAGAUUACGCAAAGCUCUUAGACGGAGAGUCUGAGAUCUCUCUUUUCAUCUACGAACACAUCCGUUUGCGUCAUUACCUUUCCAAGAUAAGCCACAGGUUCCGCAUCUUCCUGCUUCUACAGUUUUUGGUCGUCACCGUUAGCCAGUUUACUACACUUUUCCAGACAACUGCGUAUAGUGGACGUAUCACGUAUAUAAACGGUGGUGACUUCGCGGUCUCGGCGGUGGUCCAAGUUGUUGGGAUCAUUUUAUGUCUGCACGCAGCAACAAAGAUAUCUCACAGAGCUCAAGCUAUAGCAUCGGUUGCAAGUAAAUGGCAUGCUAUGAUGUCUUGCUCAUCUACAGAUGCAACUCAAAUAAGGACUUCUCCUAGUGGAGCUCACUUGGAGGCCACCACGAAUCCACCAAUCUCCUUUCCAAUUUCACGUUCAGAAAGCGAUGUGGAGUCAAUGGAUCACUACAUGAGAAUGCCUGCUAAUAAUAAUAACAACCAGUCCCCUUCCUACAUGUCCAUGUCUGCAUACCAUAAAAGACAAGCUUUUGUGUUGUAUUUGCAGAUGAAUCCAGGAGGGAUAACGAUAUUCGGGUGGACAGUAGACAGGCAUCUAAUUAACACGAUUUUCUUCAUUGAGCUCUCUCUCGUUACCUUUGUUCUUGGGAAGACUGUAAUUUUCAGUCCUGAAUGACUGUUUGGUGUAUCAUACAGGUUUACCCUUUCUGCCAUAUAGUGAAUAUUAUGCAAUUGAUUUGAGAAGAAACUGAACACAGGCUUCUCUUAAUUUGUUUUACAUCUAGUGUGUAUAAUAAGCUUUUCUGAUGAGGUCU